UAGCAGCCGGCGAGAGGGGAGAGAUUGUUCGGCAGCCAUGUCUCCGAAACGCUAGAUCCGGAUUUUGGAUGUUCUCGUCAUUGCUGCAGAUCUGUGGACAUGGGAGCGGCACCCUGGUGCCUCGCGGGGCCGCCGGUGAACAGGAGGUGCAGAGUCUGACCCCGGAGUACCUGCCGCACCCCAGCACACAUGAGCUCGAUUGGACAACCACCGCGGCUGCGAGAAAAGGUCAAGCAUAUCAUUUCCACAAGGAUGCUCUGCUGCGGACGCAAGAAGGAGACGCACGAGGGUGAGCUCGCUGUGGGAGUGGAGGGGGGCAGCGAGACGUUCGCAGUGGGGCGGGGCGGCCGGCCUCGGCUGCCCCCGGGAGUGCCCGCCAUGCCCGAAAUGGUCAUCCAAGGAGACUUCAGAAAAGUCAGCGGAAUCUCCACCGAGGUCUUCAGGCAAAUUGAGGCCGUCGAGAGGCAGUACGACCCCUCGCAUCUGGAGGCACUCGAAAAGCGUGGAGAGACCAUCGUUCGACCGCUAGACCCGAGGUCCCUGGGACGCGCGGGCGCGGACGCAGCCCGCCGUUACCCACCUGGCAGUUGCUUCGUGGAGAUCAUCAAACGGCCAGGUCAGACCUUGGGGCUGUACAUCCGUGAAGGCGACGGGGCCCGCACGACAGAGGGCGUUUUCAUCUCUCGGAUAGCCCUGGAGAGCGCUGUCUAUCACUCGGGCCUGCUCAAGGUGGGCGACGAGAUCCUCGCUGUCAACUUGGUCGACGUCCGUCGCAUGAGCCUCGACGAUGUUGUCAUCAUCAUGUCUAUACCUCGCAGGCUCGUGCUUGCAGUAAGAUCUAAGAGUGUAGCCGGGAAAUCCCGAGGGCCCGUGGCGACAGCGGGUACUCUGGACAGGCAGCGACCUCCAGUAGUGAUCGUCAAGAGAGAGAUGGAAGAACCAGAAGACGACCUUCCUUCUGACAACGGGAUCCGGGAAAACCCUUACUACAGCACAGUACCCUCGACGAUGGGAGCUCAUCCUCCGGGAGUAGUGAGGCAACAGCCCGGUGCCAUGACUUACAGAUACCCAAAGACGCUCGAAAGCCUCGCAGAACAGGUACACGCCUUCCGCGGCGGCGACUCACGUCCGCUGCCCCCGGAGCGUUCGUCCACAGCUCGGCACAGGUACUGGGACGAGCACGAUCGACGACGUCGACUGCUGCGAACCGAGAGUGAGCAGCGGCUGCAUCCGGACGAGUCCCCUGGAGGCUACGACCGCUACUAUUCGUUGCGUCCUUCGCUAAGGCACGCACCUCCUCCGCAGGGCAUACCCCUGCAGACCACCAUGGGGGUAUCACCUUAUGGGACUGUGCAUCCGGGCAUCCUAAGAAGAAGGUCCCUCAUGGAAAGUUGCUCGGACACGGAGGUGCAGUCUAGCGGCGUGCGGCUGUUCCGUCCAUCGGGAGGUGGACAUUCAGCGGCGGCUGCAGCGGCGGCGGCGGCUCGUGCAGCCACGGGACGAUCUAACUCGUUGCCUCGCGCAAGGGGGCUAGGACUAGGCUUGGCGGACACGCGCAGGCCGAGGCAAUCGGUGCGAUUCGAUCGUAGUGCGGCAGCUGCAGCCGCUUGCGACUCGCAGGAAGACAGUGACGGUGCGCUUUCUGCGCCGGAGCUCCCUGCCACGCGCUCAAGGAGACUUAAAGCCGGAGCGUGCAUGGGCGGCACACUGCCCAGCGUGUUCACGUCGGGCGAGUACCGCGCUUGGAUGCGGCGAGCACCCUCGACGUCGGCCUUGUACGAGCGUGUGGGAAGGCCCCCGUCUCAUAUUGCGGGACACCACGCCUCCAUGCUCAAUCGUCCGCUGCCUCGCAUCGCUCACAGCGCCGAGAGCCUCCUCGAUACGCUCAGGCAACACGAACAGCAACAGAGGAGCAGCCUAGCCAUGACCGGAUCGGCCGCUUUGAGCAUGGGAGGCUACGACACAGGGUCCCUGAGGCCAAUGGGUCGCUCUUCUUCCCUGCUUUUCCCCAGACCCUUGAGGUUGCCACACGCAAUGAGCUUGGACUACGUUCGCGCCGACGAUCGAGCGCUUAGCCUCAACCCCAGGGAGUUCCUCAAGUAUCGACCCGAGAAGGAGGCAGAGUCUGUUCUGGCGGGUGGCUUCAGCGGACUCCUGUGGUUACACCUUCUGGGUGCGAGAGGCCUCAGGGGGCACGGACCACGUGACCUUUACUGCGUCAUAGAAACGGACCGUGCGCACAAAGCACGCACAGUUGUGCGUUCGGGUGAUCACAGCUUCGACUGGGACGAGGUGUUCGAGCUCGACCUGGUGGACAACACAACGGUUUCCUUCCUCCUGUACUCGUGGGAUCCUCAGUCCCGCCACAAACUAUGCUACAAGGGCACAGUUCACCUACUGUCCGCCCUUCGGGAGGCACCCACCCACAGCCUGGCGUUAAGGCUGGAACCUCGCGGGGCCCUGUACCUCAAGCUACGCUACAGGGACCCUCGGCACACAUUUCAGCGGACGGCCAACUAUAACCCUUCGGCUGUGUUCGGCGCACCCCUGGAGGCCCUGGUGGGCCGCGAAAAGGGCAUCUUGCCCCUGGUUGUGCAACGUUGUGUACAGCAAGUGGAAGCUCGGGGCUUGGACAUUGUGGGCAUCUACAGACUAUCUGGUUCGGCUGUUCGAAAGCGUAUGUUACGUGAAGCAAUAGAAAGAAAUGGAGCGUGGAAAGUGGACCUGUCUGCUGAACACGUCCCGGACAUCAAUGUCGUCACGAGCCUUGUGAAGGACUAUUUACGUGAACUGCCCGAGCCCCUGUUUACCAAGGGUCUGUUUGACAUGCUGGUGGACGGUCUCAGUGUGUGCCUCCCGGAUGAUCCAGAUGGAAACGCCAAACUUAUGUUCAGUAUACUCGACUGUCUGCCUAAAGUCAAUCGGUGCACAGCGCUGUUCCUGCUGGACCAUCUUAAGUUGGUGAGCAGCCACGGCGAGCGGAACAAGAUGACAGCUCGUGGCUUGGCGGAGUGUUUCGGCCCUGUGGUCAUGUGUCACGCUGAGGCUGGCUCCUUAGUCACUGACCUGCGAAAGCCCAUUGAAGUAUUUGCUUAUCUUCUUGAGAUAUGGCCACUCAACAGAGACCAUGCCAACCGGAGGCGACUGGACAGUCGAAAGCAUGUAACUGAGCUCUCAAACAUGCCUGGCCAGUCUCGCCUGGGUUCCCCGGCCCAGGGCGGCGAGCCGCAGCAAAGGAGGCAACAAUCCAGAGCCGGCGCCGGUGUCACUCGGAGUUACUCCUACGGUCACGAGCGUGGCGAACACAGGCGCAGUCACGACCGACAAACUUCCCACAGUUUCCACGGGGCCAGCGGGAGACUCUGCUAGCGACACCAAGCCCUGGAGUCCCUCAGUCGGCGCUGCACAGAGAUCACUGCCAGAAUCUGCCUGUUGACCUUGUGCCAUAGACCACAAUAAUGUCCCCUCCCUGCCCUUCCUUCCUACAACCCUUCCACCGAUGCAAAAGAGAAACUGCUGCGAAAUGAACAACGUCAAAAUUCACCGCAAGAAACUUGACACAGUAUUCGGUGAUGAAAGCAUAUGGUUGCCGCUGAUGGAACUGUAAUCUUAAAAGGCAGAAUUAAGCUCCGUUGUGAGUGGAAACAGCGAACACUGUUGAAACAGAAGCAGAACUUCACCACAUAACACACUUCUAGCCAACCAUCAUCCCGAAUGACAUCGCUCUCUCUCCUGGAUUCGUUGAGCAUCGAAGGCACACGUCUUUUUGUGACACCUACACUCUUAAAACAAAGUUUCACCACAUAGCACGCUGAAGGCCAACCAUUGUACAGGGUGAUACCUCUGUCACUUUAGAUCUGUGGAAAGCGCUGGGCGUACGCCUUUUUGUGACAAUUAACAUUUCCACAUAAGUGUCACAAAAAGGCGUACGCCUCCCGUUUUCAACAAAUCAGGGGAGAGAACGAUGUCACUCGGGAUGAUCGUCGGCUAGGAGCGUUCUAUGUGGUGAAGUCCAUUUUUAAGAGCGUAUGUCGUUACGUUAAUUGUCACAAACAGGCGUACGGCCCGGUCUUUCCUCAAAUCAGAAGGUCACCACGCUUACGGCCAACCUAUGCACGAGCGAUGCCGCUACCGCACAUAAUUUGUGGAAGGCGCUGGGAGCACGCCUUUUUGUGACAAUUAACAUAACCACAUAAGUGUGACAAAAGGCGCACCCCGCGAGCUUCCCACGAAUCGGGGAAUCUUAACGGCCUCAUUCUAUGCAUUAGUUGGCCUUCAGAUUUGAGGAAAGACCGGGGCAUACGCCUUCCUGUGACAAUUAACAUUACGUCCAUAGGUGCCACAAAAAGGCGUACCUCUCGUUUUCAGUAAAUCAAGAAGGAGGACGAUAUCGUACCGCAUGGCGGUUGGCUUUGGGUGCGUUACGCGAUGAAGCCCAGUGUUUAGAGUGUUAACGGUAUCCAAUUUUUGCCGAGGGUAAACUGUAAUCGGUAACUGUACGGAAAUUAAGCCAACGGGCCGACUCCAGUAAGGAGUUCUGAGGGGUCAUAUGAUCGGUCAGUUGUUGCGUUCAUUUGUGCGGAAAUAUUAUGGGUAUACUUGAAAAGUUACAAAGCGGAUGCAGUUAUCAGUAUACGAGCGUGCAGUUAUGCUGUCCUAUCCGUUAAGAUAAGGCAGCGAAAAAAGCGAGCCUGCAUCCUCUCAUCUGCCGUCACUGACGACAUUGAAUGAUUGUGAAAUCAUUUUGCCACUUUAAAAGAGAUAGAUUAUAUGAAAUAUAAGCCGUUCAGUGGCGGGCAAAGGGGGCUUUUUUUUUCUUUCUGAAUUCCAUGUAAAGGAUAGUGUUAUCCUUUAAAUAUUCCUCUACGUAACAAUCACUAAUACAAAAUGGCAUGCCUUCUGCCGUUACCAAAGUUUCAUAGCGCCAAGUAACGUAGACAUUGAACUGCAGCGCCCGCACUCUAAAAAAAAAAAAGAAAUUCACCGCAUAACACGAAUCUAGCCAACCAUAAUCCCGAGUGACAUCGUUCUCUUCGGCGUACGCCUUUUUGUGACUGGUUACGUUAAUUGUCGCAAAAGGUGUAUGCCCCGGGCUUUCCACAACUCAGGAGCGAUAGCGGUAUCAUUCUAUGGCAGUGGUUUGCCUUCAUUGCGUUAUUACGGUGAAGCUCUGUUUUUAGAUUAUAUCUUUAUUUCUAACGAUUAGGGACUGAACAUUCCUUCUCUAUGAAUCUUAUCUGUGAUACUGCCCGCCACUGUACACUGGGGCAAAGCGCAGCCAUAUAUAAUAUCGGAAAUGACGUCACAUUUUCCCCUCACCGCUGGUCUCCAAACAUCAGACGUAUGCCUCUCCCGGCGACUUACCUGUUUUUUUUUCUUCCUUUCAUCAUUCCAUCUACCUGGUUUUCUUCCUACCUGUUCAGGAGCUAUUCACAUUUCCCAGACAAUGCAGUUUUCGUCAUACAAAUAUAUAUAUUAUAUAAAUAUAUAUAAAUAUAAAUGGAGCCUGCAAGAGCAGAAUAAUCGUGACAUUGCUGAAGGGAUCAUGACUCUGAUGGUGCUGUUUGUAGAGUAUUAACUGGUCAAGAAGCCUUGUCUCAAAUUGGAAGUAACAUGGUCAAUGCAGCGUUAUAUGCGAGUUCGUUAUACACCGCUGUCGUUCUAUCCGUAACUGAAGUUCGAACGCAAAAAUUAAAACUGCGCUUUGAAGGGUCCGUGGGGAUUUAUUGUUUUCUUGUGCGAUAUCUCUCCACUGUCCCUUAAGAAUUUAUUCAACAAUAUGCCACUGCCUUUAGCAAUAAAAUAAUUAGCGAGCACGAGAAAUGGAAGAUCGUCAAAUUUAGUGUCAUGAUCUCUUACAAGAUAAAGUAAAAAAUAAAAGCCUUUCACGCUGUGGUUAGCUUAAAAAAAAUAUCAUAGUGAGGCGCGUUUGCCACAUGAAGGUUGUCAGUCACAGAUGCCUGGUGUAAGCUUUUACACAAGGAAGCCCCUUUUUUGUUUAAGAGGUUGAGAGAAACCUCUUGAACGCGCCCCGUGCUUUGUAUUCCUGUAGAGGCUCGGGCCUUGUUGUUACUGUGCUUGCUGCUAGGUGGGAGAAGAUUACAUAUUACAAGAACACAGCGUCGUUUGUUUUCAUUUUCUCGUUACGAAACACGACAGAGAACGUAGAUUGCACAUUCCCCUCUACUUGUAGCUCAAUGUGAUCCGUUGACUCUAUCUCGAUAAUGACAAAUGUUUUAUCGAUCAUUUUGAUACGCUUAGCUCGUGACCUCCCAUUAUUUGGGGGUCGUUCAUUUUUAAAGUGGUAAAGUUAUUUUAUAAUCAAAGUGUGUAUGUGUGUGUAUAUGCGCAUACACGAAAUGCCUGUACGUACUCGGAUCUAUACAGUGGACAUUCCAUAUUUAAAGGACAACUUGGGAGACCCGGUCAUCUUAACACAAUCCUCCUCAUAGCGUGGAGUGUAUACCUGUUUGACUGACUGCAUGAAAUAAAAUGUUGGAAACUGUC